AGCCAGCUAAAUUGAUAAACGCUGGUGACGUCAACUAUGCUGGCAGGGCUGGUCCUUCGUGUGCAGAAUCGACUUCUUCAAGGGUGACUAGCGAGGAGAACCAUUGACUGACCCGACACUGUACAUCAUCUUCGCUGGAUUUGAAAACAAGAGUUUCAACAUGGGCAACGUCCAACCAACUAUUACCCCCUAUGAGGAUUUUGAUGUCGUGGCUGAUAUCAAGGCCAUUCGCAAAUCCUGCAAAGGUUUGGGGACGGAUGAGGAGGCCAUCAUUGAGAUCCUGGCCAAUCGUUCAUCAGCACAGCGCUUGGAAAUCAAGCACGCAUACUUCGAGAAGUAUGACGACGAGUUGGAGGAGGUGUUGAAGAAGGAGCUGACUGGUAGUUUUGAGAUGGCCAUCGUGGCCAUGCUAGAUCCGCCCCACAUCUACUCUGCCAAGGAGCUGAGGAAGGCCAUGAAAGGGGCGGGCACCGACGAGGCCGUUCUGGUGGAGAUCCUGUGCACCAGCACCAAUCAAGAGAUCCUGACUUGCCAGGAGGCGUAUGCCCAGGUGAACGAACGUGACCUUGUGGCUGACAUUGAGGAUGACACCAGUGGAGAUGUCAAGAACCUCCUGAUAUCUCUUCUGCAGGCUAACCGAGAUGAGGGCUUCGAGGUGGACGAGGGACUGGCCGAGCAGGAUGCAACCGCUAUGUUUGAGGCAGGAGAGGGUCGUUUUGGAACGGACGAGUCCACCUUCAGUUACAUUCUGACACACAGGAACUACCUGCAGCUUCAGGCCACCUUCAAGAUCUAUGAGCAGCUCUCUGGGACAGAGAUCCUGGAUGCCAUUGACAACGAAGCCACUGGGACUUUGAAGGAGUGUUACAUCACCCUGGUGCGGUGCGCCAAAAACCCUCAGCUCUAUUUUGCCCGUCGCCUGAACGCCGCAAUGAAAGGGGCGGGCACCGACGAAGACACGCUCAUCCGCAUCAUCGUUGGUCGCUCAGAGUUUGACCUGGAGACCAUUAAGGAGAUGUACCUGGAGAAGUAUGAUGUUCCUCUGAAAGAAGCUCUGAGCUCUGAGUGUGGAGGAGACUUCAAACGUCUCCUACUGGAGAUCCUGCACUAAGACUCCUGUUUCUCUCUCUUUCUGUUCCUCUUCCUUUGACAGUUCCACUCCUAAAACACCUGUCUUCUUAUUCUUCUACCUCUCUCAUAUCCUCUUCCUCCUCUCCGGCUCUGACUGCAGCAUGGACCAAAAACCAACCACACCGUCAUGUUACUAACACAGACAAAAAAACGUCACUAACUUCUACAUCGAGUUAUGAGCAGAAGACUGCCAGGUAGCCUGGGCCGUAUACUGGAUAAUGAAUUAAGUCCCAGACCUUAAUCAUUAUAUUGAUAAACUAUGUUUAUUACACAUUCCACAGUUAGGCUCUUCUUACAUACAGUAAACGAACCAACUUAUUAUUUUGUCAUUUUUUACUUUCCCUCUUUUUCAAAGCCACAGGAAGUAGGGGUGCUGAGGGUGCUGCAGAACCCCUUGGGGGGAGGGACUUUUUUUUUUUUUUUUUUUCAAAAUUUGUGAACUUGCCCUUUACUACUCCUGUAUUAGUUGAGUAAAAAUACUCCUCAGCAUCCCCAUGCUCUUAUUUCUUUCUUGUUUGUGGCUGAUGGUUGAUGUUGGCUGUAGCAUUAGUUCAUACAACGUUUACUGUGUCUACCACAUAGAUGCCUUGACUAGCCUUAAGAUAUGCCAUUCUUAUUUUCUUUCUGCUGCACCACUCAAGCUCCGAGUAAUCUCAUUGGAAGCUUUCCGGUACAUACAGGAUCACGACAUGGCUCCAUUUUGAAUCGAGAAGAGAUCAAAACAUAUCUGGUUUAGAAUUUCUAUCCCAUCAUUUUAGGAUGUUUAACCUGUAGGCAAAGAAGUUCACCGGUGACUGGUGUUUAUAGAUCACCUUUUUAGAUCAAAGCCUUCUCUUUUGAAAUAUUUCCAUUUUGAUUGACAAUUCUUUCUUUUCUAAUAUAACUUGAUGGAAAACAGCAGUAGUAACCAAUCUAACUAGUUGAUAUAAAGAUGUGCAUUGCAGUGGAUGUUAAUGCUUUUAGAGAGCAAUGGGGCUCUAAAAAUUAAUAUAUUAUGGAAGAAUGCUAUGGUGCAUUCAAUUGUAGUAUUUAAUCAUUUAAAGGAAAUAUGCUAAUUAAUCGUAAGGCUUCAAGUACAAUCAUAAGCAUGUAAAAUUAAAGUCAACUACUGUAAUGGUAAUGAAUAAUAUUACAUAGCCUCCUAAAAUGGUAUAUCAAAAAUACCUCUAACUAUCUUGUAGUGAGAGUAGGCUUCUGUUGUGUCGGCUAUACAGGUGUCAGAACGGUGUUGAUGACAACCAGGUCAAUGUCAACGACUUGCAUUUUGGAUGAAUGUUAUCCUGAACAUGGCCAAAGAUUUGUGGUUACUGUAAAAUAUAAAUAAAGCAUAGCUAUAUUAAACCGAACAA